AUGCGGCAAGCUAAUAACUUCGUACAGUGUAAAUCUAAAUGGAAACUCGAACACGGGGCCGUCAUAGCGAUUACUGAAGAGCUUUUACGUGGUUUCGUGAUUCAGGCUGAAUCGUUGUUGAAUGGACGUCCACUGACCUAUGUCAGUGUAGACCCUCGAGAUCCCGAACCAGUUACCCCUAAUCAUUUUUUGAUAGUUCAGAGCUCACCUAACACCGAAGACGACAUCAUCGAGGACAAUAAAUUGCAUUGUCGAAAAUAUUGGGAAGCUAUGCAAGUCAUGAUGACACAUUUUUGGCGCCGAUGGCUUCAAGAGUAUCUUCCCACACUCACUGACCGUCGAAUAUGGCUUUUCGAUAAGAAGAAUUUGGCUAUGGACGAUACCGUGCUUGUGGUGGCCCCGAAUUCUCCUAGAGAACAUUGGCCUAUUGUUCGAGUAACUCGGAUCAUCACCAGUCCAGAUGGAAUCGUCAGGUCGGUGUUCGUCAAGACAUCUACUGGAGAAUACCACCGCCUGGUGUCCAAAUUAUGCCUAUUAGAAUCUGAAUGUAUCUGA